AUGGACUGUGAAAAUGGCACCGACAUUGUGGAGUUUGUCCUCCUGGGUUUCUCCUUACAACCUGAACAACAGAUUCUCUUCUUUGUCAUCUUUCUGCUGAUGUAUGGUGCAGGCCUGCUGGGCAAUAUCAUGAUGUUCAUUCUGAUUUCUGUGAAUUCACAGCUUCAGACGCCAAUGUAUUUCUUGCUGCGUAGCCUUUCUGUGGUGGAUGUGGGUUUCCUCACAGUCACGGUGCCGCAGAUGCUGGUUCACAUCCUCUCCUCUUCCAAGACGAUCCCGUUCUAUUCCUGCAUGGCUCAGUUCUUCUUCUUCUAUGUGUUUGGUGUCACAGACAUCCUCAUGGUGAGUGUCAUGGCUCUGGAUCGCUAUGUUGCCAUUUGCAACCCACUCCACUAUGCCACAGUGAUGAACCAGAAGGUCUGUGGACAUUUGGUGGCUGGGUGCUGGAUGGUUUCCACCCUCCACUCCAUGCUCCAUGCUGGCCUCCUCCUGCGUCUAAGUUUCCAUGGGGACAACCGCCUAUCCCAUUUCUUCUGUGACCAUCAACCCUUGCUCCAGCUCUCCUGCUCUGACACCAGCAUUAAUGAAACCACCAUCUUCUUUGAAGGGGGGCUCGUCAUCCUUGGUCCAUUUUUCUUCAUUAUUCUUACUUACGUCCGCAUCGUGGCAGCUGUGUUGAAGUUCUCUUCCUCGGGGAGGUGGAAGGCUUUCUCCACCUGUGGCUCCCAUCUCACCAUGGUGGGUCUCCUCUAUGGGGCCAUCAUUGGGGUGUACUUCCAACCAGCAUCUCGCUAUUCUUCCCACCAAGGGACUAUUUUUGCCCUCAUGUACACUGUCAUCACACCAAUGUCCAAUCCCUAUAUUUACAGUCUCAGGAAUAAAGAUGUGAAAGAAGCUUUGAGGCACCUUAUGGAAAAGAGGGUGUUCUCUCAAUAA